AUGGCCAACUUCAAGCAAAGUGGGGGCACCCACAACCACUACCACUUCGCCGCCGGCGACAGCAAGGCCGUCGCUGCUGCGCUCCGCAACAACAAGGGCCCGCGGCCCAAGAAGAAGGUCGGCGGGGAGGCCGGCCCCAACCGAUCCACCCAACGUCGUCGCGCUGCUCGCGCAGCGAAAGAGGAGAUCGCGGCUGCUGCUGCUGCUCCCGCUGCCGUUGCCGCCACCAACUCUGAGCCCGCCGACGUCGCUGCUGCCGGCGCUGCCCCCGUCGUCGCCCCGGUCGCCGCCCCGGUCGCCGCCCCCGUCGCCGCGCUCGAGGCUGCUGCGGCGCCUCCCGCUCCUGCCGACAACACCCCUCCCGCGCCCGCGCGCCCCGCCGCCCCGCCCAUUGUGGCCGCUGGUGGUGCCGGUGAUGCUGCUGCUGGCGCUGCUGCUGGUUGCCGUGCGGCUGCGGACGCGCAGCCCCACGUUGAAGAUGUCGACGAGGAGAUGGGGGACGCCCCUGACUGCUUUGAGUAUUUGGGCCUCACGGGCAUGAUGUCGCGUUUGUGGGAGCAGUAG